AUGCAAAGUUCAUCAGCAGUCAAGAACGUGUGCCGGCAAAUUCUCCGUCACCGGAACCAAAUCCGAACAACUAAACAAUUACCACCAUGUGAUAUCUUCAUCAACCAUCGUGGUAUCGAUACUAAGAAAAAUGUUGCAGGGUUGCUCUAUGAUGAACUUUCCCGGCAAAAUCUUCGUCCAUUUUUGGACAGCAAGAACAUGAAGCCGGGUGACAAGUUGUUCGAAAAAAUAGACGCGGCCAUUCGUGGCUGCAAGGUUGGGAUCGCAGUGUUUUCGCCACGGUAUUGUGAUUCAUACUUCUGUCUUCAUGAGUUGUCCCUCAUCAUGAAGUCCAAGAAAAAGGUGAUACCAAUUUUUUGCAAUGUAAAGCCGUCCGAGCUUCGGGUGAAGUGCCAUGAAUUGUGUUCAGAUGAUGAUCUUCGAAAGUUUAACCGGUCUCUUGAGGAGGCCAAGUACACGGUUGGACUAACAUUCGACUCGUCAAAAGGUGAUUUUUCGGAUCUUAUGAGGAGUGCUUCAGAUGCGGUGAUGAAGAACUUGAUUGAGGUAGAAGGAGAGAGACUAGGCGGAGCCAAAAGCACCGUAAUUUGUUGAAGAUGUCUGCUGCAGGAUAUAUCAAUGAAAAUGAACAAAAGCUAGCUGAUACACCAACUCGUAUGACUUAAAUAAACAAUUUACGCGUCCCAUUAAUUAAUCGUUUAUUCAUUUGUUAAUGUUUUUUUUGGGUAAAUAACGUACCGACAAGGAAAUUUAUUAGUUUUUUUUUUUUUUUUUUUUUUUGGGUAAAUAAAGAAAUUAAUUAGUUGUGUAGAUUAUUGUAGAGAAGAAAAUAAAAAAGGCUAUUUGCUAACAGAUUUAUAGUUCUUUAUAACCCAAUCAAAGAGUUUGGGCUUCAAUAAGAUUGUAAGAUCUAUGGAGUACUGUAUUUGUAAUCUACGUGUGCAGAUUUUUCAGUAAUCUCUCUUUCUCACACACACACAUCCCUUCGUCUGACAUUGAAUGGAAGUGAAGAAGUACGUAUAUAGGAAUUAAUGUAUACAAAGUAGUAUUGAUGCAUAGUUCAAACAUAAAGUUCCAAGCAAACGGGCCAAAAUAAACAGCAUCAUGAUUUUUUUCCCAGUUUUUUUUUUUUUUUAACUUAUGAUAGAAACUUUAGUAUAUGUCCAUUAUGAUCCAUAACGACAGAUCUAGAAUUGAGCCUUUCAAGUUUCAACUUGUCAUUGUGGGCUAUGGAUUCUAAUGCUUGAUUAGAUA